AUCCGCAGUACGAGAGUCUAGGUAAUUAUGCUGAUAGGGAGAUGGCAAGUACACUCCUUUGUGGUAAAGAAGAGCUGCAACACCAGGGAUUUAUGGACCAUCCUUCAAAAAAGACACUUGAAAAGUAUGGCUCUAAAGUAAUUGAUAUCGUUCGUGUAUUGGAGAACGAAGAUGUGUCGAAUUUGUCAACCAUAAAUGCAAGAAAUAAAUGUGAUUGGACAGGUUGGAUAAUUGUUGGAGAAGGAAAAGGAUCAAGACAACUAGGCAAUCUAGUGAACGGUGUAUAUAAAAUGUUAAAUAAUAAACUGCAACAACACACUGAGAAAACAGAUCCAAUUGGUUCAUUAAUCGUUAAUUAUUCUAUUAUAGAAGGACGAGAUUCCAAUCAGAUCAGUAUGUAA